AAACUGCCACGGACACUGGUGUUAUAUUUUGUGAUAGUUUAAUGUCAACUUGUCUAAGUGUGAAGCAUCCAUGGGUAACACGGGGGACCCGACGAGCGGGAGUGCUAGGCGAUCACUGUGCGGAAUCCGUUUGUUGUUGUUCAAGUAGAAAAUAGUGUAAACGCCGGAGUGAUAGAUAAACAUGCUGGUGCCGCAGGAUAUGAUGGCCGCCCAAUCUAAGAUGUUGUAUCAGCUGAACAAGUUCUACAACGAACGAGUGCAGACGAGGAAGACCACGGUGGCGAAGACCAUCCGCGAAGUGUGCAAAGUGGUGCAAGACGUUCUGCGCGAAGUGGAAGUGCAGGAGCCUCGGUUCAUCUCGUCCUUGACUGAGUGUAACGGUCGUUUCGAAGGGUUGGAUGUACUUUCCCCGACCGAGUUUGAAGUGGUGUUGUACCUCAACCAGAUGGGAGUGUUCAACUUCGUGGACGACGGUUCUCUGCCGGGAUGCGCCGUCCUCAAGCUCAGCGACGGCCGCAAGAGGUCCAUGUCGCUCUGGGUGGAGUUCAUCACCGCCUCAGGGUACCUCUCCGCUCGCAAGAUCAGGUCGAGGUUCCAGACUCUGGUAGCUCAAGCGUGUGACAAAUGCGCGUACCGAGACUCUGUCAAGAUGAUCGCCGACACGACCGAGGUGAAGCUAAGGAUACGCGAGAGGUACGUGGUGCAGAUCACGCCGUCCUUCAAGUGUUCCGGAGUGUGGCCGAGGUCUGCAGCGCACUGGCCCAUACCUCACAUACCCUGGCCUCAUCCAAACUUAGUCAUAGAGGUGAAAACCGAAGGAUUCGAUUUACUUUCCAAAGAGUGUGCCGCGAUGCAGGGGAAGCAAUCCGCUAUGGAGGGUGACGCUUGGGUUAUGUCUUUCACCGAAGUUGAAAGCAGACUUCUCUACGGAGGAUGCAGAAGAAGGUGUCUUAGUAUUUUGAAAGUUCUUAGAGACCGUCAUCUAGAACUUCCUGGCAACCCCGUGACUAGUUAUCACAUAAAGACUCUUCUUCUCUACGAAUGUGAGAAGCACCCUCGAGACACGGAAUGGGACGAAGCCAGUCUUGGAGAUCGCAUCAACGGUAUUCUUCUCCAGUUGAUAUCUUGUCUGCAAUGUCGCAGAUGUCCACAUUACUUCCUUCCUCAGCUCGACCUGUUCAAGGGCAAGUCGCCGAGCGCGCUGGAGAACGCUGCCAAGCAGGUCUGGAGACUCACACGCGAACUUCUCACAAACUCCAGAGCGUUUGACAAACUCUAGUGCUUCCAAAGUGUUUCCUUUCUAUACCUGUUUUCUCUCUUUAUCCACGCAAGUAUUAUUUAUAUUUUAUUUAUUUUCCUGUUAACUUACGAAGCUAUUCUAUUGUCUUAAACAUAUUUAGGAGUGCCCAAAUUCUCUUGGAGAUGAACUCCCAUUUCAAUCUUGAGUUCUUUUUUUACUAUUAGCCUACAUCUCAAGAGACCCAAUAAGGUUGUAGGAUUCCCAAAUUGAUUUUUUCUGCACUCCUUCUAAUUUUCCCCCACACAUGCAUUAUUUAACACACAGUUCACUUAUAUUUUAAGGAUUUUCCACCUUUAUUAAAUUGAAUUUGACUACUAUCCUCCCCACUUCUAUUCAUUAUAGAUUAUUAUAAUUUAAACAUCUUUGAAGGGUUCGACAAGUCACUGACAGAAAGUUGAUGAUUCCAACCCUUAGCCUAUUUUAAUUAUGUAACAAUUAUUGUGAUAACAUUUCUACCCUUCCUUUGAAUAUUUAUUCAGAGAUUAGUUAACUGAACAUCAUGGGCAUUUAUCAAAUUGUAUACGCAAAGUUGAACAGUUUUUCUUGAUUGUGCAGUGUUUUUAAGUCAACUGCCUUUUUUAUAGUGUGUGUUGGCAUUAUUGUUCAAGUAUAACCUACCAGGUUUGUAGCGGUGCAAUAUUUAUUGUAGAUAAAUUGUUGUUUUUGUAAAUACAAUUAUUUUCAGUUAUCAAA